AUGUGGACCGGUUGGUCCAACCGGCCAGUUGGUCAUGUGGACCGGUUGGUCCAACUGGCCAGUUGGUCCUGUGGACCGGUUGGACCAACCGGCCUGUUGGUCCUGUGGACCGGUUGGACCAACCGGCCUGUUGGUCCUGUGGACCGGUUGGAACAACCCGCCAGUUGGUCCAAUGGACCGGUUGGACCAACCGGCCAGUUGGUCCUGUGGACCGGUUGGACUAACCGGCCUGUUGGUCCUGUGGAGCGGUUUGACCAACCGGCCAGUUGGUCAUGUGGACCGGUUGGUCCAACUGGCCAGUUGGUCCUGUGGACCGGUUGGACUAACCGGAAUGUUGGUCCUGUGGAGCGGUUUGACCAACCGGCCAGUUGGUCAUGUGGACCGGUUGGUCCAACUGGCCAGUUGGUCCUGUGGACCGGUUGGACCAACCGGCCUGUUGGUCGUGUGGACCGGUUGGUCCAACCGGCCUGUUGGUCCUGUGGACCGGUUGGACCAACCGGCCUUUUGGUCCUGUGGACCGGUUGGACCAACCGGCCUGUUGGUCCUGUGGACCGGUUGGACCAACCGGCCUUUUGGUCCUGUGGACCGGUUGGACCAACCGGCCUGUUGGUCCUGUGGACCGGUUGGACCAACCGGCCUGUUGGUCCUGUGGACCGGUUGGACCAGCCGGCCUGUUGGUCCUGUGGACCGGUUGGACCAACCGGCCAGUUGGUCCUGUGGACCGGUUGGACCAACCGGCCUGUUGGUCCUGUGGACCGGUUGGACCAACCGGCCUGUUGGUCCUGUGGACCGGUUGGACCAACUGACCUGUUGGUCCUGUGGACCGGUUGGACCAACCGGCCAGUUGGUCCUGUGGACCGGUUGGACCAACCGGCUUGUUGGUCAUGUGGACCGGUUGGACCAACCGGCCUGUUGGUCCUGUGGACCGGUUGGACCAACCGGCCUGUUGGUCCUGUGGACCGGUUGGACCUACCGGCCUGUUGGUCCUAUGGACCGGUUGGACCAACCGGCCUGUUGGUCCUGUGGACCGGUUGGACCAACCGGCCUGUUGGUCCUGUGGACCGGUUGGACCAACCGGCCUUUUGGUCCUGUGGACCGGUUGGUCCAACCGGCCUGUUGGUCCUGUGGACCGGUUUGACCAACCGGCCAGUUGGUCCUGUGGACCGGUUUGACCAACCGGCCAGUUGGUCCUGUGGACCGGUUGGACCAACCGGCCAGUUGGUCCUGUGGACCGGUUGGUCCAACCGGCCUGUUGGUCCUGUGGACCGGUUGGACCAACCGGCCAGUUGGUCCUGUGGACCGGUUGGACCAACUGACCUGUUGGUCCUGUGGACCGGUUGGACCAACCGGCCAGUUGGUCCUGUGGACCGGUUGGACCAACUGACCUGUUGGUCCUGUGGACCGGUUGGACCAACCGGCCAGUUGGUCCUGUGGACCGGUUGGACCAGCCGGCUUGUUGGUCAUGUGGACCGGUUGGACCAACCGGCCUGUUGGUCCUGUGGACCGGUUGGACCAACCGGCCAGUUGGUCCUGUGGACCGGUUGGACCAACCGGCUUGUUGGUCAUGUGGACCGGUUGGACCAACCGGCCUGUUGGUCCUGUGGACCGGUUGGACCAACCGGCCAGUUGGUCCUGUGGACCGGUUGGACCAACCGGCCUUUUGGUCCUGUGGACCGGUUGGACCAACUGGCCUGUUGGUCCUGUGGACCGGUUGGACCAACCGGCCAGUUGGUCCUGUGGACCGGUUGGACCAACCGGCCAAUUGGUCCUGUGGACCGGUUGGACCAACCGGCCUGUUGGUCCUGUGGACCGGUUGGACCAACCGGCCUGUUGGUCCUGUGGACCGGUUGGACCAACCGGCCUGUUGGUCCUGUGGACCGGUUGGUCCAACCGGCCUGUUGGUCCUGUGGACCGGUUGGACCAACCGGCCUGUUGGUCCUGUGGACCCUGUGUCCUGUGGACCGGUUGGACCAACUGACCUGUUGGUCCUGUGGACCGGUUGGACCAACCGGCCAGUUGGUCCUGUGGACCGGUUGGACCAACCGGCAUGUUGGUCCUGUGGACCGGUUGGACCAACCGGCCUGUUGGUCCUGUGGACUGGUUGGACCAACCGGCCAGUUGGUCCUGUGGACCGGUUGGACCAACCGGCCAGUUGGUCCUGUGGACCGGUUGGACCAACCCGCCUGUUGGUCGUGUGGACCGGUUGGACCAACCGGCCAGUUGGUCCUGUGGACCGGUUGGACCAACCGGCCAGUUGGUCGUGUGGACCGGUUGGUCCAACCGGCCAGUUGGUCCUGUGGACCGGUUGGACCAACCGGCCUGAUGGUCCUGUGGACCGGUUGGACCAACCGGCCAGUUGGUCCUGUGGACCGCUUGGACCAACCGGCCAGUUGGUCCUGUGGACCGGUUGGACCAACCGGCCAGUUGGUCUUGUGGACCGGUUGGACCAACCGGCCUGUUGGUCCUGUGGACCGGUUUGACCAACCGGCCAGUUGGUCAUGUGGACCGGUUGGACCAACCGGCCUGUUGGUCCUGUGGACCGGUUGGACCAACCGGCCAGUUGGUCCUUUACACCGGUUGGACCAACCGGUCUGUUGGUCCUAUGGACCGGUUGGACCAACCGGCCUGUUGGUCCUGUGGACCGGUUGGACCAACCGGCCUGUUGGUCCUGUGGACCGGUUGGACCAACUGGCCUGUUGGUCCUGUGGACCGGUUGGACCAACCGGCCUGUUGGUCCUGUGGACCGGUUGGACCAACCAGCCUGUUGGUCCUGUGGACCGGUUGGACCAACCGGCCUGUUGGUCCUGUGGACCGGUUGGACCAACCGGCCUGUUGGUCCUGUGGACCGGUUGGACCAACGGGCCUGUUGGUCCUGUGGACCGGUUGGAACCAACCGGCCUGUUGGUCCUGUGGACCCGUUGGACCAACCGGCCUGUUGGUCCUUUGGACCGGUUGGACCAACCGGCCUGUUGGUCCUGUGGACCGGUUGGACCAACCGGCCUGUCCCGCUGGACCAACCGGCCUGUUGGUCCUUUGGACCCGUUGGACCAACCGGCCAGUUGGUCCUGUGGACCGGUUGGACCAACCGGUCUGUUGGUCCUAUGCACCGGUUGGACCAACCGGCCAGUUGGUCCUGUGGACCGGUUGGACCAACCGGCCAGUUGGUCCUGUGGACCGGUUGGACCAACCGGCCUGUUGGUCCUGUGGACCGUUGGUCCUGUGGACCGGUUGGACCAACCAGCCAGUUGGUCCUGUGGACCGGUUGGACCAACCGGCCUGUUGGUCCUGUGGACCGGUUGGACCAACCGGCCUGUUGGUCCUGUGGACCGGUUGGACCAAUCGGCCUGUUGGUCCUGUGGACCGGUUAGACCUACCGGCCUGUUGGUCCUGUGGACCGGUUGGACCAACCGGCCUUUUGGUCCUGUGGACCGGUUGGACCAACCGGCCUGUUGGUCCAGUGGACCGGUUGGACCAACCGGCCUGUUGGUCCUGUGGACCGGUUGGACCAGCCGGCCUGUUGGUCCUGUGGACCGGUUGGACCAACCGGCCAGUUGGUCCUGUGGACCGGUUGGACCAACCGGCCUGUUGGUCCUGUGGAACGGUUGGACCUACCGGCCUGUUGGUCCUAUGGACCGGUUGGACCAACUGACCUGUUGGUCCUGUGGACCGGUUGGACCAACCGGCCAGUUGGUCCUUUGGACCGGUUGGACCAACCGACUUGUUGGUCAUGUGGACCGGUUGGACCAACCGGCCUGUUGGUCCUGUGGACCGGUUGGACCAACCGGCCUGUUGGUCCUCUUGACCGGCUGGACUAACCGGCCAGUUGGUCCUAUGGACCGGUUGGACCAACCGGCUUGUUGGUCCUGUGGACCGGUUGGACCAACCGGCUUGUUGGUCCUGUGGACCGGUUGGACCAACCGGCCAGUUGGUCCUGUGGACCGCUUGGACCAACCGGCCAGUUGGUCCUGUGGACCGGUUGGACCAACCGGCCAGUUGGUCUUGUGGACCGGUUGGACCAACCGGCCUGUUGGUCCUGUGGACCGGUUUGAACCAACCGGCCAGUUGGUCAUGUGGACCGGUUGGACCAACCGGCCUGUUGGUCCUGUGGACCGGUUGGACCAACCGGCCAGUUGGUCCUUUACACCGGUUGGACCAACCGGUCUGUUGGUCCUAUGGACCGGUUGGACCAACCGGCCUGUUGGUCCUGUGGACCGGUUGGACCAACCGGCCUGUUGGUCCUGUGGACCGGUUGGACCAACUGGCCUGUUGGUCCUGUGGACCGGUUGGACCAACCGGCCUGUUGGUCCUGUGGACCGGUUGGACCAACCGGCCUGUUGGUCCUGUGGACCGGUUGGACCAACCAGCCUGUUGGUCCUGUGGACCGGUUGGACCAACCGGCCUGUUGGUCCUGUGGACCGGUUGGACCAACCGGCCUGUUGGUCCUGUGGACCGGUUGGACCAACGGGCCUGUUGGUCCUGUGGACCGGUUGGACCAACCGGCCUGUUGGUCCUGUGGACCCGUUGGACCAACCGGCCUGUUGGUCCUUUGGACCGGUUGGACCAACCGGCCUGUUGGUCCUGUGGACCGGUUGGACCAACCGGCCUGUCCCGCUGGACCAACCCGGCCUGUUGGUCCUUUGGACCCGUUGGACCAACCGGCCAGUUGGUCCUGUGGACGGGUUGGACCAACCGGUCUGUUGGUCCUAUGCACCGGUUGGACCAACCGGCCAGUUGGUCCUGUGGACCGGUUGGACCAACCGGCCAGUUGGUCCUGUGGACCGGUUGGACCAACCGGCCUGUUGGUCCUGUGGACCGGUUGGACCAACCGGCCUGUUGGUCCUCUGGACCGGUUGGACUAACCGGCCAGUUGGUCCUAUGGACCGGUUGGACCAACCGGCCAGUUGGUCCUGUGGACCGGUUGGACCAACCGGCCUGUUGGUCCUGUGGACCGGUUUGACCAACCCGCCAGUUGGUCGUGUGGACCGGUUGGUCCAACCGGCCAGUUGGUCCUGUGGACCGGUUGGACCAACCGGCCAGUUGGUCCUGUGGACCGGUUGGACCAACCGGCUUGUUGGUCCUGUGGACCGGUUGGACCAACCGGCUUGUUGGUCCUGUGGACCGGUUGGACCAACGGGCCAGUUGGUCCUGUGGACCAGUUGGACCAAUAGGCCUGUUGGACCUUUGGACCCGUUGGACCAACCGGCCUGUUGGUCCUGUGUACCGGUCGGACCAAACGGCCUGUUGGUCCUGUGGACCGGUUGGACCAACCGGCCAGUUGGUCCUGUGGACCGGUUGGACCAACCGGCCUGUUGGUCCUCUGGACCGGUUGGACUAACCGGCCAGUUGGUCCUAUGGACCGGUUGGACCAACCGGCCAGUUGGUCCUGUGGACCGGUUGGACCAACCGGCCAGUUGGUCGUGUGGACCGGUUGGUCCAACCGGCCAGUUGGUCCUGUGGACCGGUUGGACCAGCUGGCCUGAUGGUCCUGUGGACCGGUUGGACCAACCGCCAGUUGGUCCUGUGGACCGGUUGGACCAACCGGCCUGUUGGUCCUGUGGACCGGUUGAACCAACCGGCCUGUUGGUCCUGUGGACCGGUUGGACCAACCGGCCUGUUGGUCCUGUGGACCGGUUGGACCAACCGGCCUGUUGGUCCUAUGGACCGGUUGGACCAACCGGCCUGUUGGCCCUGUGGACCGGUUGGACCAACUGGCCUGUUGGUCUUAUGGACCGGUUGGAACCAAACCGGCCAGGUGGUCCUAUGGACCAGUUGGACCAACGGGCCUGUUGGUCCUGUGGACCGGUAGGACCAACUGGCAUGUUGGUCCUGUGGACCCGUUGGACCAACCGGCGUGUUGGUCCUUUGGACCCGUCGGACCAACAGGCCAGUUGGUCCUGUGGACCCAGUUGGACCAGUAGGCCUGUUGGUCCAUUGGACGGGUUGGACCAACCGGCCAGUUGGUCCUGUGGACCGGUUGGACCAACCGGCCAGUUGGUCCUGUGGACCGGUUGGACCAACCGGCCUGUUGGUCCUGUGGACCAGUUUGACCAACCGGCCAGUUGGUCAUGUGGACCGGUUUGGUCCAACCGGCCAGUUGGUCCUGUGGACCGGUUGGACGAACCGGCCAGUUGGGUCCUGUGGACCGGUUGGACGAACCGGCCUGUUGGUCCUGUGGACCGGUUGGACCUACCGGCCUGUUGGUCGUGUGGACCGGUUGGACCAACCGGCCUGUUGGUCCUGUGGACCGGUUGGACCAACCGGCCUGUUGGUCCUGUGGACCGGUUGGACCAACCGACCUUUUGGUCCUGUGGACCGGUUGGACCAACCGGCCUGUUGGUCCUGUGGACCGGUUGGACCAACCGGCCUGUUGGUCCUGUGGACCGGUUGGACCAGCCGGCCUGUUGGUCCUGUGGACCGGUUGGACCACCCGGCCUGUUGGUCCUGUGGACCGGUUGGACCAACCGGCCUGUUGGUCCUGUGGACCGGUUGGACCAACCGGCCUGUUGGUCCUGUGGACCGGUUGGACCAACCGGCCUGUUGGUUCUGUGGACCGGUUGGACCAACCGGCCUGUUGGUCCUGUGGACGCGGUUGGACCAAACCGGCCUGUUGUGUCCUGUGGACCGGUUGGACCAACCGACCUUUUGGGUCCUGUGGACCGGUUGGACCAACCGGCCUGUUGGUCCUGUGGACCGGUUGGACCAACCGGCCUGUUGGUCCUGUGGACCGGUUGGACCAGCCGGCCUGUUGGUCCUGUGGACCGGUUGGACCACCCGGCUAGUUGGUCAUGUGGACCGGUUUGGACCAACCGGCCUGUUGGUUCUGUGGACCGGUUGGACCAACCGGCCAGUUGGUCCUGUGGACCGUUGGACCAACUGACCUGUUGGUCGUGUGGACCGGUUGGACAACCGGCCAGUUGGUCCUGUGGACCGUUGGUCCUGUGGAACGGUUGGACCAACCGGCCUGUUGGUCAUGUGGACCGUUGGACCAACCGGCCUGUUGGUCCUGUGGACCGGUUGGACCAACCGGCCAGUUGGUCCUUUACACCGGUUGGACCAACCGGUCUGUUGGUCCUAUGGACCGGUUGGACCAACCGGCCUGUUGGUCCUGUGGACCGGUUGGACCAACCGGCCUGUUGGUCCUGUGGACCGGUUGGACCAACCGGCCUGUUGGUCCUGUGGACCGGUUGGACCAACCGGCCUGUUGGUCCUGUGGACCGGUUGGACCAACCGGCCUGUUGGUCCUGUGGACCGGUUGGACCAACCGGCCUGUUGGUCCUGUGGACCGGUUGGACCAACGGGCCUGUUGGUCCUGUGGACCGGUGGACCAACCGGCCUGUUGGUCCUGUGGACCCGUAUGACCAACCGGCCUGUUGGUCCUUUGGACCCGUUGGACCAACGGGCCUGUUGGUCCUGUGGACCGGUUGGACCAACCGGCUUUGGUCCUUUGGACCCCGUUGGACCAACCGGCCUGUUGGUCCUUUGGACCGUUGGACCAACCGGCCUGUUGGUCCUGUGGACCGGUUGGACCAACCGGUCUGUUGGUCCUGUGGACCGGUUGGACCAGCUGGCUUGUUGGUCGUGUGGACCGGUUGGACCAACCGGCCUGUUGGUCCUGUGACCGUUGGACCAACCGGCCUGUUGGUCCUGUGGGACCG